AUGAUAGUACUCGGCUACAAUUACACCUUUUAUGGCAACUCCCGGCAUCGUAUUGCGUUAUCAUACACCCUGGCUUCGGAAGUGAGCGGCAUACUCCGACACCAUGAAAUUCCCUGCAUGUUGAUUGGAGACCUCCUGUUCAGGGUGCUAGGGUACAAAGGAUCCAAUAAACACCUAGACUUGGCAGUCGAAGAUUUUCACUUGGAACAAGCAAUCGCUAUUCUUAGAGACAACGGCUAUGAUGACAGCUUUCACCAAAAGUGCACCACCAUCGAUGAGGAGCGCCAAAAACAGUAUGAGGCCCAUAUGAAGCCCGCCCAUUGGUUCCAUCUUUACGACCGCACCCCGGUGCAUUCUUAUCGACUUACCGGGCACGACUUUUCUAUUCCUUUGCAGAGUACGGCCAAAGAACACGUCGAUCUCCGUCUCUAUCGGAUGUCAGAAUACUUCUGGGUUCUUCCAAACAUUCCAUUGGCGGUUGAUUGGGUGCCGAACGACCGGAAUUACAUACAGACAGAUGACCCGAGACUGCCGGUCAGAGCCCCUCACAAGGAGCCGGAUUUCGGUGCUUUUCCACCACAUAUCCCUGCCGUCAUAAUGCCCAGUCCAGCUCGAGUCAUCGAAGCUAUUAUCUGGCUGAAAGCGCGGGAUUCCAAACUUUGUUGUCGCGGAAGGUGUUGGAACCUAAUGUUUGCCUAUGUGAUGUACAUUGGUAGGAAGGCUAAUUACGUCGAUAUUCCUCCUCCAAUAUCCGGACCAUUGUAUGAUAUUGAUGCUUUCGAACAGGUGUUUCAUGAAUGGUGGAGAUCUGAGAUGGAAUCUCAGUGCAUGCGCUCCGUCGAUCUUCUCAGGGAGCUGGAGACAGUUCUGCAGCGCUAUACCCCAGGAAAUGGUUCAAAAUGA